UCCAUAUCGUCACGCUCCGUUCACGUGACUUAUUUCUUAACUCCUAUGGAAAACUCUACCUCUCUGAAACAAGAAAAGGAAAAUCAAGAGCCAGGGGAAGCAGAGAGAUUAUGGCAAGGAGAGUCAGACGUUUCUCCCCAGGAGCCUGGUCCCCCAUCACCUGAGUACCGGGAAGAGGAGCAAAGGACAGACACCGAACCCGCACCCAGAAUGAGCCCCUCUUGGAGCCACCAGUCUAGAGUCAGCCUGUCUACGGGAGACCUCACCGCUGGACCAGAAGUGUCAUCCUCCCCUCCCCCUCCUCCUCUGCAGUUUCAUUCCACUCCUCUCAACACUGAAACUACUCAGGAUCCUGUAGCUGCAUCACCCACAGAGAAGACCGCUAAUGGAAUCGCUGACACCGGGACACCUUAUUCUGAUCCUUGGGAAUCAUCUUCUGCUGCAAAGCAAUCAACUUCUCACUACACAAGCCACGCCGAGGAAAGUACUUUCCCGCAGUCUCAGACACCCCAACCUGACCUCUGUGGGCUAAGGGAUGCCAGCAGGAACAAGUCCAAGCACAAAGGGCUGAGAUUUGACCUUUUACAAGAGGAAGGCUCAGACAGUAACUGUGACCCAGACCAGCCUGAGGUUGGAGCCAGUGAAGCAGCCCAGAGUAUGCUUGAGGUGGCCAUUCAGAAUGCAAAAGCCUACCUGCUGAGUACCAGCAGCAAGUCUGGCUUAAAUCUAUAUGACCAUCUUUCUAAAGUGUUGACCAAGAUACUAGAUGAGCGUCCUGCAGAUGCUGUUGACAUCAUUGAAAAUAUAAGCCAAGAUGUGAAAAUGGCACAUUUUAAUAAAAAAUUAGAUACACUCCACAAUGAAUAUGAGAUGCUUCCAGCAUAUGAAAUAGCAGAGACACAAAAGGCACUUUUUCUCCAGGGACAUUUGGAAGGUGCUGAUUCAGAACUGGAGGAGGAAAUGGCAGAAAGUUCUCUGCCCAAUGUGAUGGAAUCAGCUUAUUAUUUUGAACAAGCUGGAGUUGGUUUGGGGACAGAUGAGACUUACCGAGUAUUCCUCGCCCUCAAGCAACUUACUGAUACACACCCAAUCCAAAGAUGUCGCUUCUGGGGCAAGAUCUUGGGUCUGGAAAUGAACUAUAUUGUUGCUGAAGUGGAAUUUCGUGAUGGUGAAGAUGAAGAGGAGGUGGAAGAAGAAGGGAUAGCUGAGGAGAGGGACAAUGGAGGAAGUGAGGCCGGUGAAGAGGAGGAGGAGGAAUUACCGAAGUCCUUGUAUAAGGCCCCACAGGUUAUACCUAAGGAAGAAAGUAGAACGGGUGCCAACAAGUAUGUCUAUUUUGUUUGCAAUGUGCCUGGAAGGCCAUGGGUAAGGUUACCAUCAGUUACACCUGCACAAAUUGUCACUGCAAGAAAAAUCAAGAAAUUUUUCACUGGGCGACUAGAUGCAGCUGUCAUAAGCUACCCACCCUUCCCAGGAAAUGAGAGCAAUUACUUAAGAGCACAAAUUGCCCGCAUUUCAGCAGGGACCCAUGUCAGUCCUCUAGGAUUCUAUCAGUUUGGUGAAGAGGAAGGAGAGGAAGAAGAGGUGGAAGGUGGUCGAGACAGCUAUGAGGAAAACCCUGACUUUGAAGGCAUCCAAGUGAUUGACUUGGUGGAGUCUCUAUCCAAUUGGGUUCAUCACGUGCAGUAUAUUCUUCCUCAGGGUCGCUGUAAUUGGUUCAACCCUAUACAAAAAGAUGAAGAUGAAGAAGAGGAAGAGGAAGAAGAUGAAGAAAAGGGGGAAGAACCUGACUACAUAGAGCAGGAAGUCGGACCUCCUCUUUUGACACCAAUAUCUGAAGAUUUGGGGAUUCAGAAUAUACCCUCUUGGACAACACAGCUGUCUUCAAAUCUCAUUCCACAGUAUGCCAUUGCUGUCCUUCGCUCCAAUCUUUGGCCUGGAGCAUAUGCUUUUUCCAAUGGCAAGAAGUUUGAAAACUUCUACAUAGGCUGGGGUCAUAAGUACUGUGUGGAGAAUUACACACCCCCAAGCCCACCACCAGUUUAUCAAGAAUAUCCCAGUGGACCAGAAAUUACAGAAAUGAAUGAUCCCAGUGUGGAGGAGGAACAGGCUUUCAGGAUGACACAAGAGCCAGUUGCACUUUCAACUGAGGAGAACGAAGGAACUGAAGAUGAAGAUGAGGACGAUGAGGACUAAUACAAAACUAGCCCAACCUUUUAUGGCACUAACACACACAAAUCUUUUAUGGGGGACUGAUUUUAUAGAUGCAUAUAUUGAAUACACACACACACAUAUAUACACACAUGUGUGUCUAUGUAACACACACACAUACAUACUUUGAAGAUGAUGGUACAAAAUAUUCCUUUAAAGUUACCAAGUGUGUGGGGGGGCAGGGAUGAUAAACAGAUGUCUCAGUGUUUAUAAAAAAAUUUUGCUCUGAGGACAGGAAUCCAGUUGCUAGGACCUAUGUCAGGGGGCUUACCACUACCUGCAACUCCAAGUCUAGGAAAUCUAAUGCUCUCUUCUAUCCUCCACAGGCACAGCACAUGUGCAUGUUUGCUAACACAAGUAAAUCUUCCAAAAAGAUUUUAAAAGCUAGAUGUGGUGAAAUAAACCUUUAACCCCAAUACUUGGGAGGCAGAGGGAGGAAGAUUUCUAUGAGUCCAAAGCCAGCCUGGUCUGGAUAGCAAGCUCCAGUGAAGCAAACACACACACACACACACACACACACACACACACACACACACACACACACACACAACACGAAUGAUAUUGGAAACUGUAUAUAGAACUGCCAGUAUUUACAGAAAGUAGCCAGUGGAUUUUCCAGAAGCUCACCACAUCACCGUUUUAAUGAAUAUAGCUUAUGUAAUUAACACUUAUAUAAUCAUGCUUUGAAAAGAUCUCAAUUUCUGUUUUCUUUUUCUCCUUGACAGGGUCAAACUAUAUAAUUCUGGCUGUCCUGGAACUCGCUAUGCAGACCAGGUUGGCUAUAAAAUCACAUAGAGAGGCCUCUGCCUUUUAAGUGCUAGGAUUGAAGGUGUGAAUGUUCAAAGUUAAUUUCCAACAUGGCAAGUAUUGAUUGCUAUAACUCACAAUGCUUCUAGGAAAAUUCCAGUUUUUGAGUGUCAAGGGAUAUAGAAUGCAAAACUUUGAUAACCUGGACUAGAAAGACUCAGUGGUUACCAGUACUUGUUACUCUUGCUGAGGACCUGGGUUCGAUUCCCAGCAUCCACAUGAUAGCUUGAAAUCAUCAGUUCUAAGGGAUCUAGUAUCCCUUUCUGACAUCCAUGUGUAACACACACACACAUGCAAAAUACUCAUAAACAAACCUCUAAUAACCUAAAGCAUUUAUUUUAGCCUGUCAGAACUGGAUGGAGAUGUAUUAAAUCUGUAGUUGCUUGUGCUGAAGCCAAUGAAACUGUGUAUAAAUACUGUGCAUGUGCACGCAUUCUCUUUCCUGGGUGAGUGUUCACAAUUCCAUAAGUGGAAUAAAACCUGUAAGGGCAUUCAAAUGUUUAGAGUUUUUGUUUUUCCCCAACUUCUCCAUCAAAUUUCUUCUUCAUCCUAAAUUAGUCAGUGGAAAUGAAUUACUUAGAGAUGGGAGGUAGUGUUAUCCAGACACUUUAGACUUACGUUCUCUAUCACUC